AUGCUCUGCCAGUGGAAUCGUUGCGGUCAGGUUUUCGAUACGGCGCUGGAUCUUUGGAUCCAUAUGGAGCAAUGUCAUAUCCCUCCUUCUCGCUAUAAAUGCUCGUCUUGCAGCAUAGUUCUUGGAACGUGCCAGCAGGCAUACGUCCAUGCCGUCAGUCAGCAUGAGGAAGUCAAGGAAGAUCGGGCAAAUCGCAGUGGUGCACUUGUUUGUUUUCGAGAUCGUGAGACAAGGAGAUACGCAAAGCUCGACCACACAUACAGAGAAAAACAAUUGGAAGACAUGGGAGGGCGUCAGACGGCAGAAGAGCAGCUACUCAAGGUCAGAAGGGAGAAACCUGGAGCCAGGAGGGAGAUGAUGACGUGGCCAGGUCAUGUGACCACCGCCAUCCCCACAGGCCCUGACAGUCCUCGAGGAGACACAGAGUUUGUCAGGAAAGUAAUACUGAAGCAAAUCCAAGGGGAGUAUCCUGAAGCACCAUGUCUGCGGGUUUUGACCCGCUGCGAACCAGUGAGGGAUAAUGAGAACAUCCGGCAUAGUUCUGACUGA